CGUAGCAUAACAUAAACACACGAGGCGAGGUAGCAUAACUAGUACUGCAGCACGCGUGAUAAAAAUGAGUGCAUCUCGAAUUUUGCAGCUUCAAAAAUUAUCCAAACUUGCCCUGACUAAUCGAAGAUUAGUCACCGGUGGAAUUAAUUUUACUAACCGGGCGCUGAACGCUGGAUAUGUACUCAAUGCUCCAGUAUUCCAGGCAACAUCGAUUUGUUGUCUGAGCACUCAAGCGGCCGAAAAAAACGGUGGAUUUCAUUCGAUUAUUCGGGAUUCGGAAAAAACCGUAGGUCCCAGUGAUACGCAUGAAUUCCAAGCUGAGACACGGAUGCUGCUGGACAUCGUGGCAAGGUCACUGUACUCUGAUAAGGAAGUUUUUGUUCGGGAACUCAUUUCCAAUGCAAGCGAUGCCUUGGAAAAGUUUCGCUACUCUAUCCAUACGGCUGGCGAAGGGGAGAAAAACUUUUCCGAACCGGAUCGAUCACUUGAGAUUCAUAUUGGUACCAACAAACAGGAACGUGUUUUCACUCUUCAAGAUACGGGUAUAGGAAUGACCAAAGAGGAACUGAUCUCUAAUCUGGGAACUAUUGCUCGGUCCGGAUCGAAGCAUUUUAUGGAACAGAUUAAGGAAAAGGGAGCAAGCGCUGAAAAUGCACAAAACAUUAUCGGACAGUUCGGUGUCGGUUUCUAUUCUGCAUUUAUGGUGGCUGAUCGUGUUGAUGUUUACACAAAAUCUUCCAAGAUUGAUUCUCCGGGUUACAAGUGGACUUCAGAUGGAUCGGGUAACUUUGAAAUUCAGGAGGCGGAAAAUGUGCAACCAGGAACCAAAGUCGUCAUUCAUCUGAAGGCUGACUGUCGUGAGUUUGCGGAUGAGGAUCGAAUUCGGGAAGUCAUCAGAAAAUAUAGCAAUUUUGUUGGUAGCCCGAUUUAUCUUAACGGUAAACAAGCCAAUCAGAUUCAACCGAUUUGGUUAAUGGAGCCGAAAGAAGUAUCCCAGGAUCAACAUAACGAGUUUUAUCGGUUUGUGGGAAACACAUUUGACACUCCAAGGUUCACUUUGCACUACAAAACCGAUGUACCGCUAAGCAUUCGAGCACUUCUUUACUUUCCCGAAGGAAAACCAGGUCUAUUCGAGAUGUCUCGCGAUUCUGAUAUUGGAGUAGCUCUGUACACACGAAAAGUUCUUAUCCAAUCAAAAACUGAGAAUUUGCUGCCAAAGUGGCUUCGUUUUGUCAAGGGAGUCGUCGAUUCGGAAGACAUACCUUUGAAUCUUAGCCGAGAGCUGCUUCAAAAUAGUGCAUUAAUUCGCAAACUGCGAACAGUGCUGACGAACCGUGUCCUACGGUUUUUGCAAGAUCGAGCAACGAAGGAACCCGAUAACUAUGAUAAAUUCUACAAAGAUUACGGCCUUUUUCUAAAGGAAGGAAUCGUGACAAGUACGGAACCGCAGGAGAAAGAGGAAAUUGCCAAACUGCUCCGUUUCGAGACUAGCAAAGAGGUUGACAAGAAAGUUAGCCUUCCAGAAUACUGCAAUCAGCAGCAGGAUGGACAAAAAGACAUCUACUAUCUGGCUGCACCGAAUCGAAUUCUCGCAGAAGCGUCACCUUACUAUGAAUCACUUAAGAAGAAGGGCAUUGAAGUUCUUUUUUGUUACGAAGCCUAUGAUGAACUGGUCUUGAUGCAGCUAAGUCAAUUCCUCGGCAAGAAUCUAGUAUCGGUGGAGAAAGAAAUGCGGCGUUCAGAAAAAUCGGAUGAUUCUUCGGAUCACAUGAUUGAGGGUUCGCUACUUAAAACACAGGUGGAUGAAUUGCUUCCGUGGAUCAAGCAGAAAUUAGCUGGGAAAGUGGCUAACGUGAAAACGACCAACAAACUUGAUUCCCAUCCUUGCGUGGUAACGGUGGAGGAGAUGGCUGCAGCACGCCACUUUGUGAAAACUCAGAGUCACAACAUGAGCGAAGAGAAUCGCUAUGCACUCCUCCAACCACAAUUGGAGGUAAAUGCUAAACACCCUAUCAUCAAAAAGCUACACAAAUUGGUAUCGUCAGACCCAGAGUUGGCCGAACUACUGGCUAAGCAGCUAUUUUCCAACGCCAUGGUCGGUGCAGGGCUCGUAGAGGAUCCUAGAAUGCUGCUGAGCAGUAUGAACGAGCUGUUAGAGAAGGUAUUGGAUAAGCAUUAGUCAUGUAAGUGUUUUGUCUAGGUUGGUUGUAUAUCAAAGAAACUAUGUUGAAAUAAAAUACAAUAAGUUAAA